AUGGCGCUUCUCAUUUCACUUGAAGAAUCGCGUCGAAGCUCGACAGAUAGCGUCAAGAGCGUUCAAAGAAAGCGACGGCUAGAGAUCUUGCAAGAUUAUGUGUCGACCCACAAAAAGAGGAAGUCGGAUGGCAAACUGGCGUUUUCCGAAUACGACUGGACUACAGUAUCGGAUGCAUUCGGCGUGAAAUCUGGGUUUGGUGCCGACAUAUUCGAUCCACCCAACGCAGACGUGCCAUCUGACACGCUUGAUGAAGUCAUGCGCAAUCUGAAACUUCUCCGUAAAGCGAUGGGACGACCUAGCGCUGGAGUGGCGGCAAAAAGAAGAUAUUUCAUUGGAGCAGUUAUCUUUAGCUGCGCUGUUUUUGUAAGCGAUGAAAUAGCUGUAGACAUUGAGAGCUCGUUAGUUGGCAAGGAAAUUCCAGCAAAUGGUAACGUGGAAUUUCUUGUCAGGAUUGGAAAUUUCGUGAUCUGCAUCGUCGAGGCAAAGAAAUCCGAUUUUGACCAAGGGCGCGCUCAGAAUUACGUCGAGUGCGAAGUGGCUUACGAGUUGAACGGUGGGAGGCAAUCCAUUGUGUAUGGUAUCGUAUCAAAUUUUGUAGACUGGGUAUUCGUUCGUUUGACGGACGAAGACGUGAAAGAAGCAGAAUAUUCCGUUAUCUUUGACAAGGAAGGCUAUCCUGGCCGUGCUCUACGAAGGCAUUUUAUGGAAGGAUACAGCUUCAAGCCAUCUGACGAUACGAUCAGUGCAUCUGUCAAGACCAGCAAUUGGAUAUUGCUCAAUUUGAUAAUGAUAAUAAAA